AUGCCGACAUACCUAAUUUGGUCAGUUCACUGUCUACCUCACAUAGACGUGACACCACUAGGGUUGAACAAGAAGAAUGUCGACGAGGACGGAAACAGAGUUAUAAUGCCACAGUCUGCCCUGGAUAGGCUUGGCACCCAUGACAUCGAGUAUCCGAUGCUAUUCCAGAUCCAAAACCCCAGCACGGAGCGGGACUUGCAGUGCGGCAUGCUCGAGUUCAUCGCCGACGAAGGCUUCAUCCACGUCCAGAGCUGGCUGAUGGCGUACCUGGGCCUCAUGGAGAACGACAUCGUCGCAGUGAGGAGCACGUCGCUGCCCAAGGCCACCUUCGUCAAGCUGCAGCCGCACACGACGGACUUCCUCGUCAGAGUCUCCCACCCGAGGGACCUGUUGGAGCACAACUUCCGCAAGUACCCAGGCGUGACCGCCGGUGAGACGAUCAUAGUGACGGAGGCCGAGAGGAGGUACUACCUGGACGUGGUGGAGGCGCGGUCGGCCAACGCUGUCUGCGCCAUCGACACGGACUGUGAGGUGGACUUCGCGCCGCCGCUCGACUGUAAGGAGCAGCUGCCCGUGCCGGAGCACGUCAGCCAAGGCGGUGACAAGCCACCGCGGCCGGUCCGGUUCACUGGUGUUGCGGCGCGGAUGGACGGCAAGCUGGCGACAGCGGGUGCCGUCUCCGGUGGCAGCGGGUGCCGGCGCUUCGGUUAA